AGGUCUACAAAUCCAGGAGGAUUUAUUCUCAUAACAAUGGCAGCAAAAUCAUCGCUCCUUAAAGUGAUACUGCUAGGAGAUGGUGGAGUUGGGAAGAGUUCCCUCAUGAACAGAUACGUCACCAACAAAUUCGAUGCACAGCUUUUUCAUACAAUAGGUGUGGAAUUCUUAAAUAAGGAGUUGGAGGUUGAUGGACAUUUUGUUACAAUGCAGAUAUGGGACACGGCAGGUCAGGAACGUUUUAGGAGCUUGAGGACUCCUUUCUAUAGAGGUUCUGACUGUUGCCUGCUAACCUUCAGCGUGGAUGACUCUCAAAGCUUCCAGAACUUAAGCAACUGGAAGAAAGAAUUCAUUUAUUAUGCAGAUGUCAAGGAGCCUGAAACUUUUCCGUUUGUGAUACUGGGUAACAAAGUUGACAUUGAUGAAAGACAAGUGUAUACAGAAGAAGCCCAAGACUGGUGCAGGAAUAAUGGCAACUAUCCCUAUUUUGAAACCAGUGCAAAAGAUGCCACUAAUGUUGCAGCAGCCUUUGAAGAAGCUGUUAGAAGAGUUCUAGCCUCUGAAGACAGAUCAGAUCACUUUAUUCAAACAGAUACAGUAAACCUUCACCGGAAACCGAAACCCAGUUCAUCUUGUUGUUAACUUAAUUUUUUUUUUUUUUUGCCAAAUUAUUUUUUUGACUAGCUUGCUCUAUAAAAGGAUGGGGAAGGUGUAGAAGAUAAAAUGGGUUUCACUCUGAUAUUGAAAUUGUAAUAUUCUGAUGCUUUCUUGGGGGAGCAAAAGAAAAAUCCUCAUUCAUGAGCGAUCUGUUACUGAAUUAGUGACACUUUCUGUUCAGGAAGUUAUCAAGUAAAAACCUUAAUAUAAGAAUGUAAUUUGCUGACUUCAUUUAAAUGAUAAAAUACGCUGAAUAUAAUUAAAACUUGAAAGUUCUAGAAGCACUACUUCGGAGAAACUGUUCUGGAAUUUGGCACAAAGACUUUUAUAUGUGUAUAUUUUUAUGAAAUCAGCAUUCCGUUUUUGUUUCACGAGAAGUCAGUUUCUUAACAAUGCUAGAUAUUAAACCUCAGUCUCACUACA